GUUAUUUAGUAUUUCGUCUGACCGCUAAGCGGAAGUUGUGAAUUGUUGAUAUUGUUCUAGAUCUUGAAUAGACUAACAAAACACCGGGUCGUGAGUUCGACUUGUAAUUCUUCCUGGUGCACGGCACUGCCCGAACAAGAUCUUCCAGUUGAUAUGAUGACGAUGAAUAUCUUAUGUUCAUUUGUAUUUUGGAGUUGCAUAAAUAUAACUGAAUUAGUAAUUCUCUGCAACUCAAUGCUAGUAUUUCAGUGGCCGAGAACCCUUUGCCUAAAAAAUAUGUGUCUAGUUGAUGGACAGCAGCGGUCUAACUGUAAAAACGAGAUAAAACAAUCACUCAAUACUGGAGGAUACAGGAGAUUAACAAUACAUGGACUCUGGGAACUUGGAAAAUAUACUGAUUGCAACAACAACGGGCCUGCCUUCAAUAUUGACGAGAUAGGGGCAAACAAGAUGUUACCUCUUACAGAAAAUUUUCCAAAUCUCCUAGGCGACGACCGUGUAUUUUGGAAACAUGAAUGGGAAAGACACGGGAAAAAGACUGGAUAUACUAUUGAUGAAUACUUUGGACAGACCUUACACCUGUAUAACAUGUACGGUACGAGUAUAACAAAUGCUAUUAAUGGGGAUUGUAAUCCAGGAACAAAUGGAAUGACAGUUCAGGGAUUUUCCAACUGCAUCAUGGCAAAAGCCGGAAUAGAAAAGCCAAAGAUUGCUUUAUUUAAGGAAUUUUUAUGGGAAAUACGGAUUUGUUUCAACGUAGACUUUCUUUCAAUACCAUGUCCAGGACAAAGCAACACACAUGUCCUUUUGAAAUUACCACCUGACGAUCAUAUUCAAAAAAGAUCAGCUGGAAAUGAUCCAACGCAAUGGUCUAACCUAUCUGUCGAUAGCUUUGCUGUGUGUCCUUUAACAAAAAUAACAAAAAAUGGAGCAAUCAGAAUUUUCGCAAGAGAAUUGAUAUUGCUUCUUCUGCUGCUUCUAACGCUUUAAAAGUAAAUAUCAGAAUCUGGUCAACCAUGAAAAACGUAACGAUUUUUCAACGAAUUAUCUUUAACAAAUGAUAUUAAGUUAUUAUGUUAAAAUUACAAUCACAAGAGUUAAUAACAUACAUUUUAAUGCAACAUCUUUAACCUAUACGAUUUUUCUCAUAGGAUUACAAUUUAGAACCAAAAUUUAACUUUGAAAUAUGCUGCUAUGUUUCAACAGCUGUAUCUCAGAUAAAGAAAAAGAAAAUUAAAGUAACAGCGGGUAAUGUCAGUCGUUGCGUAAUACAUGAAGAACAGAUAUAAAAUUCUAGAUUUAUCGAGCCAAUUUUGUUUACUUUAAAACGACCAGAGAUUUCUCACAAACCCAAACAUUUUACCAAAUUAAUGCAGAUGGACAUAUGAAUAAAGAGAAAUUGUUUUGUGGGUGAUAGACAUACAUGUGUAUGCGCAAGUGAGUUAAGGCUACGUAUGGAGGUUUCUAUGCAAAAUAAUUAAUUAAGACCUAUAAUUGCUCUACAUACCGCAAAGAAAAUGUUAAAACUUGUUUUCUAAUACAUUCUUAGUACCAACGAUAAGCGAUUACCAGUACACAUUAUGACGUCAUAUUAUGACGUCAUCGACCUUUACUAUACAAGUUUAUAAGAAACAUCAACAAAAUCGCUUCGGCGCAAGGGCAUACCUUACUUUGUUUUACAGAAGCAAGGCAUAAAGAAAAGCAGAAUAUACCAAAGAUUUAAGAUAUUGCUGCACAAAUGUCGACACCGCAGUUGUUUAGUUACUAUUCGUACAGUUCUAAGUUAAAACAGGGUACAAAAGUACAGUCCACUGUAAGUUUAGUAAAAUUUUUAUCGAUUGAAGAAGAGGAUAGGAUUUGUGCAGCAAUUUUAUUAAUUUUAAGAAUAUUCUCUUUAAUAUUAUACUUUAUUUAUUUUAAAUUAAAUAGGAUAUGCCCUUGCGCCGACGUUGUUUUAUUGAUGUGUUUUAUUACCUUGAAUGGGAGAGAACUAUGACGUCAUAAUAUGAAGUCAUAAUGUGCACUUGCAAUGAUAUACUAUGGGUACAAAGAAUGUAUAAGAAAAUCAAUUUGAACUUUCUCUGUAUAUAAAAUAUACAAUUUAUGCAUUUUUAUUAGCUCAUUUGCAUAGAAAAACCCAUAUUUAGCCUUAACUCACU